GUGGUCCGCCGGUUAAAUUUAUCAGUCGGCCGUGUAGGUUUGAAGUGAUCCAGUUCGUCAGACAGCACAGACCACGUUCGCAAUGCAAUCGCUGGUGGUGUUCCUCGCCGUGGCCGCCGUUGCGCGCGCCUCCCUCCUGCCGCUGGCACAGCCCGCGCACCAUCCCGCCAUCGUCCUGGACCCUCACGGCCGCCCCCUGGACACUGCCGAGGUCAUCGGCGCCCGCGCCCUCCACCUCCAGGCUAAAGCCCUGGAACCCCACGGCCACAUCGCCCACGCUGCCAUCGCUGCUCCCAUCGCCCACGCCGCCGUCGCCCACGUCGCUCCCGCAGUGAUCGCCGCCCCCGCCGCCGUGUCCCACCAGUCCCGCGUUGACAUCCGCCACAGCGCUCCAGCCAUUGUAUCCCACGCCGUCGCCGCUCCGGUCUACGCCGCUGCUCCCUCCGUCUCCGUGUGGGGCGCUCACGGCCUCAGCGGCCUCCACGCCUCACCCCUCCUGGCCCACGGCCUCCACAAGCGCUCCCUGGGCCUGUGGGGAUCCCACGCCGCCAUCGCCGCCCCCGUCGCCCAUGCCGCCGUGAUCGCCGCCCCCGCCCACGCCGUGUCCCACCAGUCCCGCGUCGACGUGCACCACAGCCCGGCCAUCGUGUCGCACGCCGUGGCCGCACCCGUGAUCUCGCACGUGGCCGCGCCCGUGGUCGCGCACGCGCUCCCCGCCGCCGUGUCCCACCAGUCCCGCGUUGACGUCCGCACCAGCCCCGCCGUGGUCGCCCACAGCGUGGUCGCCACGCCCUUCCUGCACUCCGCGCCCCUCGCGCACUCCCUGCAUGGUGUUCAUGGUCUCCACGGAUGGUAAACGGCUAGAACUGACGAACUCCCAAAAAAUUGUACAGUAUAAAUAUAUUAUAAAAGUAUUUAUAAAUAAACAAACUAAGCUUACGCAACAUA